UUACAUGGCCAGAAAAGGAGGGAGAGAGAGGUGAGGGGAGGUGCUACAUACUUUUAAACAACUAGAUCUUGUGAGAACUCACCCACAAUCACCAGAACAGCAAGCAGGAAAUCCACCCCGCAUGAUUCAGUAGCCUCCCACCAGGACCCUCCUUCAACACUGGGGAUUAUAAUUCAACAUGAGAUUUGGGCAGGGACACAAAUCCAAACCAUAUCCAGUACCAUGAAUUAUUUUAAAAUACCACUGAUGCUUUUUCCUCACAAAAGUGGAUUACAAUUUAAUAGUGUUUUCAAUACAUGAGUUUUUACAGUUAAUAUGGACUUAAUAACUUGAAUACAUAAUAGCAAAAUUGCAGUUUUCUUGCAAAGAAUUCCCUAAAAUCCUUUAAGUAAACGGAAAUUCAAUCUUUAGUAAAUUUAUUUGAUCUAUGUGUACCUCAGUUUCCUCACCUGUAUAAUGAAAAAUAAAUAUAAUACUUAAUUCAAUGGAUUGUUGAGUAGAUUAAAUGAGAUAGUCCAUGUAGAAUGCUUAGCACAGAGCCUGGUAUUCAAUAAGUGUUCAUUUCUCCAUAAAUGUUAGUUUUAAUUAGAAUUAACUAUAAGUACUGUUUGAUGAGAGGUACUUAAAAUACCCCCUUCACUAAAGCACCACCAUUAAGCCCUCUUCCAAAUGUACCUUGGGAGUGCUGGUUUGCCUUUUGUUGCUAUAGAGCCAUUCAUCAGGAAAGUGUAGAGAUACAAGGAGGUAACAUUUUUGAAGAUUUAUUAUGUGUUUUUAGUUGAUUAUCUGACCUAGUGCUUCCAGGUAUUAUUUCAUUCAUUCAUAAUAGCAUUCUCAUAAAGAAGGCAUUAUUUUAUAGAUGAGCAAACUGAGAUUCAGACAUUACUGAAGGUCACACCCUUUGUAAUGGAAAAGCAGGAGUCAAACCCAGUCUCACUCUAGUCUGACUCUGUGCCUUUACAGUUUUUAACCAUUCAGUCUUAUUUGCCUAAACAAUCUUUCUAUCUUUUGGGACUUGCUAUGCCUUUGUGACAGAAAAUCCUCUCUACUCUCUAGACUCCAUUGCCAAUGAGAACAAUAGGUUCACAGCAGGAAGAGAGAUUAUGCAUCCACCUAUAUUCUUCUAAAAAUGAUAUCCAUCUCUUCAUAUUUGGCCUUUUUUGAAGAAAUGACAAUUUGUAGGUCAGAGAACACAAAGUAGUAGAUAUGUAGCAUGAACAAGUCUAAAGAUCUGAUGUACCACAUGAGAAAUAUAGCUGAUAAAAUUGUACCAUAUUUGGGAUUCCUGCUAAAUGAGGUUCUAACUACUCUUACCAUAAAAACAAAAAAUUCAUGGGUAACUAUGUGAGAUGAUUGAUAUGUUAAUUUGCUUCACUUAUAGUAAUCAUUUUACUAUCCAUAUGUAUCCCAUAACAUCAUUUUUUAACCUUAAUUAUACCCGAUAAAAUUUAUUUUUUAAAUAAUAGUAUCUAUGAUGUAUUAGGCUUAAGAAACUUAUGGCCCAAAAGCCACUUUUUGUACUAAAGCCUAUUGCUGGAUUCAUAGGCUUAGUCAACAUGUUUUUCUCACUCUUUUUGAAAAUAUCUGAUUCCCAGCUCAGUGCUUCUGAAAUCUGUCUCAGGAACUUUAAUGACAAUGUGACAUCUUUGAGAAAUGCAAGCAUGACCUCUGUUCCAUCGUAUGUUGGUUUUACAAAGGGCAUUACAUUAAACAGAAAAUACUAAGUGAUAAUAAGCCUGCAAUAAUAACAAAAUCCUCAUUCAGGAAAAUGAAAGGACUUGUAUUUUACUUUUAGAGACAGACUCUUUCUAUUAUACUAACACAAAUAAAGGUAAAAGACACGCCUUUUUAAGUUAGUUCCAUAGGAAUUAUAUUUCUUACCAACUCUGCCCAAAAGCCAAUUAAUUAAACAUUAUUUAAAAACAACUGGAAUGAAAACCCAUAUCGGGAAAUAAUCUUAACAUUAAAUCAAGUAUGUGGAAUUAAGAUUUUGUAUCUCCCGAAAUCUUUAUUGACAGUAGCAGACCAUAUCAAAAGUCUUCUAAAAUAAUGCUUUUAGCUCUCUAAAAAAAUGUUCCACAUCAAGAAACUUUUAAAAUAAAGUAAAAUAAAUGCCUAGUAGAAGAAUUCAUACAAUAGUCCCAGAACUGCCUGAAGACAUUUAGAAUUCAUAUACAAUCUUUACACAGAUACUAGAGAAAAAAAGUACUAAUAGAAAUUGUUCCGGUUUGUAAUUGCAAGUAUAAUCACGAAGUUCCUGAAAAUAAUAGAUGUUAUAAUAUUGCACAAGCCAAUCAAUGAACAUAAUAUGCAGAAUGAUAAGUGGUGAAAAAAAUGUUGCAAUCUUUUGUUGAUAACAUUGUUGAAUUCAAACUCCAACCCUUGCUCAAGUUAAACAUUCUUGUGCAUCUCUUUGGGUUAGGUGGGGGUUUGUUAUUGUUGUUUGUUUGUUUGUUUUUUGUUUGCUUUGCCCUCUUUAAAUUUUUUAGGAAAAAAACACAACAGAUAAAUCACAUGGUCUCAUGAGAAAACCAGAAUACAAAGCCAUGAAAUGAAGAUUUUCACUCUGUCAACCUGUUUAGCUUUCCCUGGGAGCUCAAUCACGGCAUUGGCUUUUAUGUGUUCCACUGAGCAUUUACAGAGAACAUCAGCAAUUAUGGACUGCUGCCUAGCUACAUGGCCAUGUUGUUACUUUACAUUCAUCUGGAAUCCUCUAUUCUCUCAAUAGACAUUUUUAUUCUGCUCCAUAUGACUACCAUUGUAAGAAAGCUUUGUUAUUUUACUUGAAUGUGGCAGUGAGUAGGCUCUUUAUAUUUUCAGGAACAUACUCCUCCCCUGUGGCUGUAUCUGAAAAUUAGGUGACUCUCAUAGCUUUUUCAAACCCAUACCUCUUCUGUCCCUGUCAUGCAAUGUAAUUACUUAUAUUUCAAUUUUAGCAUCUUGCAAACAAGUCUCAUUCCUGGACCUUGUUUAAACUUUGGGCUGUUUUUAAUUCAUGAAUCAUUUUGGAAACUUUUAUUUGCAUUGAGUUAUAAAAGGUAAACUAAAACUCAAGCAAUGUAGUAAAAUCUUUUCAAAGUUUGUCUUUCAUUUAUUGAUACGAUACAGAUCCUUUCAUGUGCAUCUCCCUAGAAAUCUUCAAUUUGAUCCAUUUUUUUCAGUACCCCUAACAUCUUAAAACUUAGUCAUUCAGACACCACCCACCCGCCCUCUGACACCUUCUUCCUGAUUGAAAGAGGCAUUUAUGCAUAUGAGUCACCUCCUGCCAGCUUCACAGGAAUUACAUAAAAGCAAUCUGCCAACCAUCUUGGCCUAAGGACAAAAAAUCACAUUUAGUGUCAAAGUAAAAGUCAUUCUUGCUUAUUGGAAAAUCACAAUAGAGCACUUUAGGACUUUAACUGACAGGACAUCAGGCCUUAAUCUACACUCUAUACUACAAAUGAGGGAACUCAUAAAUGCUACGCUUUUACUUUCAUCAGUUUGGAUAAGCUUCUUGGCCUAAUAAUCCUAAAUCCAUUUUAAAUGCUUUUUUGUAGUAGAAAAUGAAAGGCUAAUUCAUAUUCAGGAAAGAUUAUACAUAUAUUAAGGGAGAGAAUGUGGACUAAGAAAUAAACAUAAUAUUAGCAAAACACGUUAUCUUUCCAUGCUAAUACAAAAAUAUUCAUGCAGAAAGUUAUUUAAAAAGCAGUGCUUAUGGCAGGAAAGGUGAUUUUAUGGUCUAAGAAAAAUGAAUGGAAAGACUUGCCUAGAUAAAUUGUUAUACCUAGAAAUAUUGGUCAGGAUAUUUUUAGUUUUUUUGUUUCUAGACAAGACAGCUUAGACCAUAUGGAAAUAUGGGCUUAAAUCUCCCAUUUAACCUUUUAUUUAUUGUGUGCGUUUAAGCAAAUCUUUAAACAUACUUGAGCUUCAGUUUCCUUAAAUGUAAAGUGGUGAAAUCACCCAUGCCGUCUCUCUCGAGUUGUUUUAAAGAUCAAAUACGAUGGUAUGUAAAAGCACAAUGUAGCUUUAUGUUUGUCUAAUUGCUGAUAAUUCUGAAAAAGCUUUUACAUAUCAUCUCAUUUUACAUACCAUCUCAUGGCUACUGUUUUUGCAAGAUCCCUAGGAAGGUAGGGAAACCCUUAACUCUUUCUAGCUGAUAAAGAGAAUCCUGGAAGAUCCCCUGUAUUCGGUAUCCCUUCCCUUCCCCACAGCCCUUCCACCUACACAUACAUAGAUUCAUGGAACCUCAAAGAAAAUCCCAUUGUGUUUCUCAGACCCACAUUUCUCUCAGCUGUGAAUAUCUCUGAUCAGUUACAGAAUAUCCUAGGAACUGGGGCCUGGCACAAAUCACCACUGUCUAUUAGAACUGGAAUUUUGGCUGCCAACCUAGAGCAUCUCCAGUGUCCACACUUGACAUGUAUGGUUGGGCAGGGGGAGGGAGGAAGAGAAUGUGUGUCUCUAAAAUGCAUAGCUCACUGUCCUUCUGAAAAGGAUAACUUUUUAAAGAAUCUCUUCUCAUUUGCAUACAAGGUUUCACCUCUCUGUUACAAAGAACAGCACGUAGAAGAUAAUUAAAGUACACACUUAAGGCCAAUACAAACUAAUGACAAUUCCCCUGAGUAGAGACACUUCCAAACCCAGAAGUCUAGAUUUUAAUGCACGGAAUUUGACCUUACCAGUUCUUGACUGGGAUAGGUUUCUCCAUGUUGAAGCUGUGGAAUGUCAUCAGAUUCAAUUGGAGACUAUCUCUCAUAACUCACCAUAUGAGAGAUGUCAGAGGAGAAUUUUAAGGUUGUAUCAUUUUUUCUUUCUUUGGUUUCAAUUUCCACCUUUAUUCAGAUGAAGUUGCAAAUAAGUGAAACAGUUGGCAAUACAACCUUAACCGCUAACUUGAGUUUUCUGUGAAAUGCCAGUCAAGUAAAAGGAAUGACAGACAUCUACGUAAGCCCCAGUAGUAUUCAUGUAUUGUGAAUUAAAAUAAUAACCAUGAGAGAACUUUAAAUCAUAUUUCAAAAGAUACCUUCUUAAAAUAAUCACUAUUCAGAAUUUGAUGAACGUAAAAUUUUAGGGUUAUCUUCAGUCAUUCAUGUUCAAAUAAUUUUCUGUGACUAAACUUUGGUCAAAAUAGAAAAUGUGUUAUUUCCUAGGCUGGUAAAGGUAUUUAUUGUGGAUGGAAAGAAUCACGGAAUACAAAUAAUAUGAAACUCAAAAUUAUAUAAACCAAAUGCACUCUGUUUUCUCAGUUGACUCAAAAUAAUGCGUAGCCAAGGUAAGAUCAGCUGCACAUUAUACCUUCUCACAAUCCCAGGCAUCCUGAAGAAGCAACACCUCACUCCCAGUCUAGUCAGUGCCUUUAUAAUUUUUCUUGGAAUGACAUUAGCUUUUACACAACCUAUAGUAGCGAGCUUGUAAAACAAAGAAACCUCAAUUUAGUUUUUGUUGAUUUGGGGUGACUCCAAAAUGUUUGUGUUCAAAUUGCCAAUAAGACUCGUUUUCAUGAAGGGCCUUUCUAAAAUACACUUUCUAAGCCAUUUGCAUAUUUUCAAAGAGAAAAAUUAAGAACAAGGUGGAUAGUAACUUUCUUGACACUCAGUUGUGCCUUGGUUGAGAACUAUGGCUAUUAACUCACAGCUUCCAGGUCUAGAUCUUUGCUGGCUCUCUGAUAGUUAAUUGUCUCCAUUAUGAUAUUAUCAUUAGAUUCCCCUUAAGACAAACAAAAGAAAGCUAUAGGUUUCUAGGUCUAUUCAGUUAAAGCAAUUGAUUUUCAUAGUUUCAAGGAAUGACCAAUUCAACUCCUAUUUCGAAUUUGUGAUAUUGGAAACAUUUGUGAAAAAGGAGCAUGUUCUAAAGUCUUUGAAAGUUUCUUAACCAGUUUUUCUCUAAGUCAUUGUUCUAUAUAGUAAACACAGAAAUGGACAAAAUGAACUCCUAAAUGUAUAAUUUUGGAAUUUCAAUUUAAGAUAUAAUUUAUUUGGAAACAAAAUAUGUUGAUUUUUAAAUCCUCUCUUCCUUAGUAAUAGAACAUCUAUUAUGUUCUUCAGUGGUAUGCAGAUAGUAAUGUAAAACUUAAAGGGUCCACAUAAAUUACCUAGACAAUUUUAUAUUUACUACACUUUUUUGAAGUUACCUUUGUAAAGAAAAAAUACUUUUCCCAUUAAAGAAUACAUGUUAUCCUGGACUUCUUCUGGUGUCACUAAAAGGUCAUUGAUUUACAUCUGAACUGGGUCACUGAAAGUCAAUGACUAUCUGGUGGUCUAAAUAGAGUAAAAUAAUGGCAUCUUUACCAGUUUGAGAGUCAUCUGACCAAUUAUAACCCAAAAUUUAAAUCAAACCUACAACCUAUUAUUAGAAGAAAUAUUGAGAUUGGUCUGAGGUUACAACAUAAACAAAUGUGAUCUUAGAUAUUCUGUUUAAAUAUUUCAAAGACUAAAACAUUGAAGUUUAUGUUUUACGCUUCACCUGUGUAUAUAAGAAUGCCCUGCACCAAUUAUACAUAAGAUUUGGAGUGUAUUCCCAAUGUCUUCCCAAAUGAAAGACCUAUGAAAAACUAUUUUAUAAAAGGUGAUAUAUUUAGAAUGAGAAGGGCUUUAUGUAAGGAGGAACACAUUAUUCAUCCUGAGAAGAUGAAAAGUAAGACAUAAACUUUGAGUACAAGGUGAAAGCAGAGGUGAUAACUAUAAAAGAAUAUCUCGUCAAAGAAGAAGCCCAUGUCAAGCUUACUCCAUCAUGGAGAUAAAUGUCAGCCCUGUUUUUGCACAAAGAGCACACCUAAGAGGAAAAGGCACAAAGGUUUAGAGUGCCAAUAGAAAAAGACCACCUGCCACUUACCACAAAUGAAUAAAACAAAUAUAUAUCCCUAGCCCACAGGGCAACCAUGGCAAAGGACCCUCUGAUCCUCAUGACAUUGUCUUAAAGCAUUCCUUACAUCCCCAGUAAGAAUAAGAAACCAUUAAAACCAGCUAUAUCUACACCUAUAUAACUAGCACAAGCCUGCUGACAGGGCUUGGAGGGCAUCGAGCAGUUCCACAUUUGAUCCUUCUUUUUUCACAAAGAGGUGAAUAUCAAAUAUUUUAAACAGCAAGUUAAAGUAUGAAAGCAAAUAUAAUGUAAAAUUUGGUUCUGCUUUGGGAAAUCCAUUUUUGAGGCAUUUAUAAAUGGUUGAAAGGCUCAUUCUAAACUGGAAUGGAUUGCCCCAUCCUAUCAAUGCCCUGGAAUGAAUAUAAGGACAGCAGUGGUGGCUUUUAAUUCUAUGUUAAUUGGCUUGGGGUUCUUUGACCUUUAAUUAAACAAAAUAUGAAUAAAUUAACUUUCUUCCUAUGUACAACAGAGGCUUGAAAUGGUACAAGUUGGGAUAACAGUCUCAACAAGAUACUAUUUUUUUCACUAGCAAAUAAAUAUAAAAUAUGAUGUUGAAAUCUGCAUACACCAUUUUUGACUGAUAUUGAUCUCAUUACUUAUUUGUAACCUGUAAUAUUUCAUCUGUCUUUACUCAAAAGGAAGAAAAAACAUCAGGGAAAAAAAGGAGCUAUUUCUCACUGGGUAAACAGGUCAGACAUAAGCAAUUUACAAAUGUCUUGUAAGCUGGUCUCAGUAUUAAAAGAGGCUUCUUUAGCAGAAUCUCAGACAAAAAUUCUAGCCUUUACAACAUAGAAGAGUUUUAUGAAAAGGUCUGAUUGGAUCAGAUAUAAAGAGAAAAAUGUAUAUGGAUAGUUACAAUUAUAUUUUACAAAUUAAACAAAUGCAUUUUGUUUUGCUCUUUUGGUUUUAUGACUUAACUACACUUAAAAAUAUGCUGUUAGACGAGAUUGCACCACUGCACUCCAGCCUGGGUGACAGAGAGAGAUUCUAUCUCAAAAAAAAAAACAAAAUGCUGUUAGAACAUGGACACAAAGAAUGGCACAGUAGAUAUAGAUACCAGGGCUUACUUGAGGGUGAAGAGUGGGAGUAGCGUGUGGACUGAAAAGCUACCUAUUGGAUACUAUGCUCAUUCCCUGGGUGAUGAAAUAAUUUGUACACCAAACCCCCACAACACACAGUUUACCCAUGUAACAAGUCUAUGCCCUGGACCUAAAAUAAAAGUUGGAAAAGAAAAAAAUUUAGGGAUCAUUAGCAGACCAUUGCAAAAUCUUCUAGGAUUUUGCAGAUAAAGGGUAAGAUCCCUCAAAAAUCUUUUUCAUGUAGGAACCAUGUCAGUCUAUACAGCACAGUCCCAGAAGUUUGAGGGAUGGGCAGAAAUAUGUUCAUCCUCCUAUUUAGUGAGAGAAGCUUCCCUGCAACAGUUUGAGAAAUUCAGCAUGGCAGCCUUGAAGGCCCUGCUUGAUACUCAGAAUCUUCUGCGUGCACAAAUCACAAAUUUUACAUUCAACCUGGGAUUUUCAGGGAAAUUUUAUCAUACAGGAACUGAAGAGGAAGAUGAAGGGGAUGACUGUCUUUUGGGGUCUGUGGAUGAGUUCUGGUGGUUUCCUCACAUGUGGAGCCAUAUGCAGCCCCACCUCUUCCACAAUGAGUCAUCUUUGGUGGAGCAGAUGAUUCUCAACAAAAAAUUUGCCUUAGAGCAUGGCAUUCCUACGGACAUGGGCUACGCUGUGGCCCCUCACCAUUCCGGUGUCUACCCUGUACAUGUUCAGCUUUAUGAGGCCUGGAAGAAGGUCUGGAAUAUUAAAAUCACCAGCACUGAAGAAUAUCCACAUCUGAAACCAGCUAGAUACCGGAGGGGUUUUAUCCACAAAAACAUCAUGGUUCUCCCAAGACAAACCUGUGGGCUUUUCACUCACACUAUUUUCUACAAGGAAUAUCCAGGGGGUCCUAAAGAGCUGGAUAAAAGUAUCCAAGGAGGAGAACUUUUCUUCACUGUCAUCCUCAACCCUAUCAGCAUUUUCAUGACACAUUUGUCCAACUAUGGGAAUGACCGACUGGGAUUAUAUACAUUUGUUAAUCUGGCCAAUUUUGUGAAGAGCUGGACCAACCUGCGACUUCAGACCCUGCCUCCAGUACAACUGGCCCACAAGUAUUUUGAGCUGUUUCCUGAUCAGAAAGACCCUCUCUGGCAGAAUCCUUGCGAUGACAAACGCCACAGAGACAUUUGGUCUAAAGAAAAAACUUGUGAUCGCUUACCUAAAUUCUUGGUAAUAGGACCCCAGAAAACUGGUACCACUGCUUUGUAUUUGUUCCUGGUUAUGCAUCCUUCCAUCCUUAGUAACUCCCCCAGCCCAAAAACCUUUGAGGAGGUACAGUUCUUUAAUAGAAAUAACUACCACAGGGGGAUUGAUUGGUAUAUGGAUUUCUUCCCAGUCCCAUCUAAUGUCACCACUGACUUUUUGUUUGAGAAGAGUGCCAAUUACUUCCACUCAGAGGAAGCCCCUAAAAGAGCUGCUUCUCUGGUUCCCAAAGCCAAGAUCAUCACCAUUCUCAUUGACCCUUCAGACCGAGCUUACUCUUGGUACCAGCAUCAGCGAUCACAUGAAGACCCAGCAGCUCUGAAAUUUAGCUUCUACGAAGUGAUCUCAGCAGGGCCCCACGCACCCUCGGAGCUCAGAGCCUUGCAGAAGAGAUGUUUGGUCCCAGGGUGGUAUGCCAGCCACAUCGAGAGAUGGCUUGUUUAUUUCCCCCCAUGUCAGUUGCUAAUUAUUGAUGGGCAACAACUAAGAACUGAUCCUGCUACAGUGAUGGAUGAUGUACAGAAGUUUCUAGGAGUCUCGCCUCAUUACAAUUACUCUGAAGCUUUAACGUUUGAUUCCCAUAAAGGUUUCUGGUGUCAGUUACUGGAAGAAGGUAAAACAAAAUGCCUUGGAAAGAGCAAAGGAAGAAAAUACCCUCCAAUGGAUUCUGAUGACAUUUCUGUCAAGCUACUAUCGAGAUCACAAUGUGGAACUCUCAAAGCUGCUGCACAAACUGGGUCAGCCUCUGCCAUCCUGGCUGAGACAGGAGCUGCAGAAACUAAGAUAGCACUGAGAGAAAACGAGACUUCAUCUUCCAUGUAGAACACACCUUUUCCAAAGCUUCCAGAAGCUACCAAAAGGCAGUUGAAAAAUAUACCUCUUCAAAUGAGAAAAAAGAACAAAGUUUCUUCCAUGUGCUGGCAUGUGGAUGAUGAGAAAAAAGAAAGAGUAUGUGUUACAAGCCUUGAGGCCUAUGGCCUUUCUCUUAACCCAUAUCUGAGCCUGUGGGAUUAUUGUAGACUACUGUGCACUCGUGUGGAAGCCAAUUGCAACCAAUAUAAACAUCAAACACAAAUGCAGAACUGUUCCAUUUCAUAGUAAUAUUUACACUUUUAUAUGUCAACUAAGAUUGUCUCUGUAGAUUUCUAGACCACUGUUUGCCUGUACAACGUUUUCUUAUUCUUUGAUUCUAAAAAGUGUCCUACAAAACAAGCAGCAAAAUAAACAUCACAAUGUAGCAUAAAAUGUCAAAAGCAUAACACCCAUGAAAAAUGCUUGCCAAAAUUUCAAUCCACUGAAGUAUUUAGAAAUAAUUGUAAGUUAUGAUUUGUACUAGAUCAGAAAGUGGAAAAGUUAUAUAUGAGCUUUAUCUGCACCAAAAAAAAA